AUGAUUGCAGGCGUAGAGACGAGAUCUUCACCGCGCGGCGCCCCAACCGGAAAAGGAAAGCGCGGGGCCACCCUGGCCGCUUUUCAGGGUCUGCGCAGGCGCGUUGUGCUCAGCGUUGCGACGGGAGAGAGCUUUACGGCUUGUGGGCGGGACUUUGGAUUGGCGGCAGGAAGGUGGGCCGGGGAGCGGAGGGGGCGGGACCUGGGAGUGGAAGGGACUGGCCUGAGCGGGGUCGGGGGCCGGCCCGAAAAGGAUGAUCCUAAUAACCUUGCUGAGUCUGGAAACCAGGCUGGAACCAGAGAAAGUCUGGGGAUGGGCAAGGUGUCCAUGUGGCUUCUCUGGACUACCCUCCUGCUGGUGCUGCCCUUGGGAGGCCUAGGACCACCCCUCUGCCCGAGGGAGCCUUUCUACUUCCUCGUUGCCAUCACGAAGAUGCUGGAAAACAAAAAUAAUGGCAGUCUCUACACCCCAGAUAAUCUAUUGGUGUGUCCUGCUGAGACUCUCCGUUGCUUCCGGCUGGAGCUGACUGUGAUUGGGUUUGAGGAGGGCCCGUCCGUGGGGAUCGUUGUGUUCCGCCUACAGCGCCUACUGGAUGCCCUGGGGUCCCGGCUGUGGGUGACUGGUCAGGGCCCUUGUCCACCCUGCGAAGGACACCCUCAGAGACCAGUCCCUCUUUUUCUGGCCAAACUCUUGGAGUUAUUACAGGGGACUUGUGCUCAGGACCUGCCCUCAGCAUAA